GUGCGCACAGAAGCUGACUUCGGAGGGGAAACUUUCUUCUCUGUUGGGGAAGGGGUUAGCCCUGCUCCCCGCACCCAAGAGAACUGCGGCCAGAGUCAUUAGACAUUGCUAUGGGAGACGUGUAAACUCGCGACGCAUCCUUGAUGCAUAUAGCAAACCAUUUCACUUGAGUUAUUAUUUCAGGGGAAGCGUCUCCGAUUUUUUCUUUCCUUUUUGGUCCUUUUUGCCUGUGUGGUUUGGAAAAGGCACAGUUGGAGUAGCUGGUUCCUAAAUAAGUCCUGGGAGCCAGCUGAGACGAUGUUGCGGAGGCUGGUUCACCAGUGGAGCGUCGCAGUGUUCCUGCUGAGCUACUCCGUGCCCUCCUGCGGGCGCUCAGUGGAGGAGCUCGGCCGACGGCUCAAAAGGGCCGUGUCUGAACAUCAGCUCCUCCAUGACAAGGGCAAGUCCAUCCAAGACCUGCGGCGACGGUUCUUCCUUCACCACCUGAUCGCAGAAAUCCACACGGCGGAAAUCAGAGCUACCUCGGAGAUGUCCCCCAACUCCAAGCCUGCUCCUAACACAAAGAACCACCCGGUGCGAUUUGGGUCCGACGACGAGGGCAGAUACCUAACUCAGGAAACCAACAAGGUGGAGACGUACAAAGAGCAGCCCCUGAAGACACCCGGCAAAAAAAAGAAAGGCAAGCCUGGAAAACGCAAGGAACAGGAAAAGAAGAAGCGGCGGACGCGGUCGGCCUGGCGAGGCGCGGUGGCUGGGAGCGGGCUGGACGCUGCCCGCCCCUCGGACUCGGCCUCCAUCGCGCUGGAGCGCCUCUCACGGAGGCAUUGAAAUUUUCAGUGAGACCUUCAGAAGACAUAUUGCAGAAUUCUGUAAUAGAGUGGACAUAUGGAAAGUAUUAGAAAUAUUUAUUGUCUGUAAAUACUGUAAAUGCAUUGGAAUAAAACUGUCUCCCCUAUCACUCUAUGAAACUGCACGUUGAUCAUUGUGAAUAUUUUUUUUUGCCAAGGCUAAUUCAAUUAUUAUUAUCACAUUUACUAUAAUUUAUUUUGUCAACCGAUGUAUUUAUUUUGUAAAUGUAUCUUGGUGCUGCUGAAUUUCUAUAUUUUUUGUAACAUAAUGCACUUUAGAUAUACAUAUCAAGUAUGUUGAGAAAUGACACAAUAAAGUGUCUUUAUUUUGUGGUUGAUUUUAAUGAAUGCCUAAAUAUAAUUAUCCAAACUGAUUUUCCUCUGUGCAUGUAAAAAUAGCAGUAUUUUAAAUUUGUAAAGAAUGUCUAAUAAAAUGUAAUCUAAAUUACCUCAUGA